AUGGUUCGUUCAUAUAAAAGAAAAACAACACCAACUUACGAUCUUGAAACCUUAAGGAAAGCAGUAGAUGAAGUCAAAGCUGGCAAAAUAAAUUCGUACCAAGCUGCAAAAAAGUAUAACAUUCCUUGUAUGACUAUAUGUGAUAAAGUGAAUAACAAAAAAGGUAUCGUAAAGGAGAGCCGAGGACCACCUACAGUGAUUGACAGAGAAAAUGAGCUCAAACUUGCAAAUGGUUUACGGGUUAUGGAAAAAUAUGGGUUCGGACUCACUUCCAAAGAAACUCUAGAUUUAGUUGCCGUACACGUGAGUGAAAAUAACUACAAAACUCCAUUCAAAAACAACAGACCCGGUUAUGAUUGGUUUGCUGCCUUCAAGAAGAGGCACAAAUUGUCCUUAAAAAGACCUCAGGCAGUGGAAAUGUCAAGAAAAGUGGCAUGUGACCCUUUUAUUGUUAAUGAGUAUUUUGAUAAUCUUGAUGGAGUUUUGAGUGAACUUAAUUUAAAAGGAAGACCUGAUAAAAUUUGGAACCUUGACGAGUCAAGUUUUGGAAAAGAUCCCGAACGAACAAAAGUGGUUGGAGCCCGUGGAUGUGCCAGUACACGCACAAUCGCGUCAUCUGGAAAAGAUAAUGUCACAAUUUUGUUCACAGUCAACGCAAUCGGUGACAAAUUACCACCGUUGAUUAUACACAGAGGAAAAAAUACGUAG